CACACUUUCACACUUGUGUCAAAAGAUGAGCUUCACAACACUGACAGCUGAGAACCACUCCAUCCCAUUAAGUGAUGGUAACAGGAUACCCAUCAUCGGACUCGGGACCUAUGGGGAUCCACGCACACUUUGGAACACCUUCCACCCACCUGAGCUGGUUAGACCUGCAUUAGAGAGAACUCUGAAGACUCUACAGCUGGAUUAUGUUGAUCUGUACAUUAUUGAGUUUCCUGCUGCGUUUAAGCCAGGUGAUGAAUUCUACCCUAAAGAUAAAGAUGGGAAAUACAUCUAUCAUGAGACAGAUCUGUGUGCUACAUGGGAGGCACUGGAGGCUUGCAAAGAUGCAGGAUUGACCAAAUCACUUGGAGUUUCAAACUUCAAUCGAAGACAGCUGGAGCUGAUUUUAAACAAAACUGGACUAAAACAUCGACCAGUUUCCAACCAGGUUGAGUGCCAUCCCUACUUCACUCAGCCCAGGCUGCUGGAGUUCUGUCGGCAGAAUGAUAUUGUGAUUGUGGGCUACAGUCCUCUCGGAACCUCUCGAGAUGCUUCCUGGGUGAACCUCAAAUGUCCUCCGAUGUUGGAAGAUGAGGUUCUGAUCUCCAUUGGGAGAAAAUACAAUAAGAACACAGCUCAGGUUGCUCUGAGGUUUAACGCUCAGAGAGGCGUGGUCGUCAUCCCCAAGAGCUUCAGUCCUCAACGCAUCCGAGACAAUUUUCAGAUUUUUGAUUUCUCUCUCACUGAUGAAGAAAUGAAGGCCAUCGAGGGACUAAACAAAAAUAUUCGUUUUGUGGAGCUCCUCAUGUGGAGUGACCAUCCUGAGUAUCCAUUUCACGAUGAGUACUAAACCCUUUUACUACCAGCAGACAUUAACUAUACAUUAAAUAUACUGUAUAUUAGUUUCAUUUAAACUGAGUUAGACACUAGGGGGAGUUGUUCUAACAUUCAUUACAUUUUGUACAGCAGCUGCUAUGAGUUGUGUUGUUAUACUUGUGUAAAGUCAGUACAAUAAAAAGGAUUGAGAAACA